GACAGACGUCGGAUGCCCCUUCUUGACUCUGCUCUUGGGUGCGGCGGCAGUUCAGUGCGAGCAACAGACGGCGGCUUGCUCUGACCUGAUCUGUGGCUGCGCACGAGUGACAACUCCAGAUGGCGGUGGCGAUCUGGAAGCUCGACGCGACGGUGACUCUCCUUCGCUCCCGAGGAUCUCCUCUGCUGCGGCACUUGGUUUAGAUUUGUUGAAGUUUGAAGCGGAGGAGGACAGGAGCAUAAUUAGGAUUGGGGAGAAUUAUUGAUGCCGCCGGAGCCGUCGCCUUGGGAUCGGAAGGACUUCUUCAGGGAGAGGAAGCACGAGCGGUCGGAAUUUAUCGGUGGAGGAGGAGGCGGCGGACCUGGUAGUUCUGGAGGCGGGACUAGAUGGAGGGAGCAUCCCGGGAAUAACCACCACUACAGCUCGUCGUCUCGCUGGGCACCUAUAUUUCCUCCAGAGCAACGAAAGAGAGAUGAAGCGGUCCAUUGUGCUCGUCGGAAUCCACGUUGGUCUCAUCAGAAUUGUCUAGGUUAAAGCCCAGGAUGGCGCCACCUGAAACUGGUUUUGAUCCGAAUCCACAUCUUGCUCGUAGAAAUACAUGGCAAGCGUCCUGUAGCCCAAAAGCAAUGGCUAGUGUUUCCAAGCAUCCCCACAACUGUUCUGAGAAGAUGUGAGGGGAAGAGGAGUAAGAAUUGCAUGCGAGGGAAGCCUUAGAGAAAUUAAAAGGAAUCUUUCUCUUAGAAAAUAUUCCAUUGCCGUCAAGGAACUGAACAGACUCCUUAUUAAUAGGAAAAGGGAGAAGGCUAUUGGAAUGAAAGAAUUAGCACAGUUUGGUGGUUGUGUUUGGCAUCGUGGGCAAAAGGUUUUUAUAUUGUUACUUCACAAUCCUUUUGCAUUUUUGUAUUAUCUUCCUAAUAUCUUAUACCAUGAUAGAAACUUGUUAGGACUAGUUCAGGAUCUAAAUUAAAACUAACACUAUGUUUGGUUCAAGGAAUUGAGGAGGAAAAGAAAUUCAAAGUCCUUGUUUUGUUGGGUUAGGAUGGAAAUUGGUGAGCAAAAUAGUUUCCCAUGUUAUUUUUGUUUGGUUAGGAGGAAGAUGGAUGAGAAAACAAUUGAAACCCAAAUUUGAACACAAAAGCUAUAUUAAAAACCCUAUGUUUAUGACCCCAAUGUCACUCCACACUAUCCAUCAAUCUCUACACCUUACUUUGUUUUUGCGCUUCCUCUUCAUCCAUCUAUCUAUAAUAUAAACAAAAAUAAUUAUUUCACCAUAGCUUUUAAAUCCCAAAUUAAUGCUCAAAGUUUGACUUUGCAAGGAGUUUAAGAAAAGUGUAAUUGUAUGGUUGAAAGUGAACAAGCGAUGCAGUGAUGCAGUGGAGAAAAAUAGGUGAGCCACAAAAAGCUUUCCAAAAAAAGAAAGUGGAAAAUUAAUUUGGGACAACCCUAAAAGAAAAUAAGGUGGAUUAAAUUGGGACACAGGGAGUAUAUUACAGAUGGACAAUACUUUAUAUGUUUAUAUUAAAUUAUGAAUACUUCAACAUAAUAUAACUCCAAAUAGAUAUGAGUCACACCAUAUGUAGUUAAAGUCUACCCAUAAUUUGUUACAAGGAAAAAAGUGUUUACAAUCAUUUAAAAGACCACAAAUAAGCACAUAAUUCAAAUAAAAGUGCAUCUCCCUCUUCCUGGUUUAAUCACACAAACAGGCAAGCUUAAAAAUUACCAUUGAAUAGCUCAUUCAAAUGGGUAAGUCAAUUUUUAUGUUCGGCUUUUCAAAAAUUUAAAAUGGUGCAAGGGAAGCAGGUGAUUAGGCAUAAAAUGAGGAUUAGGUA